AAAUAAUAUUCAGUAUCGCACAGCACUUGACCUAUCCGCAAGAGAGACUAGUGCGCAUGUGCAACACUUCACCUCCCCCCCACUAAACACGUGCACUCAGCUGGCGCCAUGUACCGCUCACUUUCUGUGAACCCCAUCCGACCUAACCAGCCCCUGAGGAAGCCGUCGACGAGCCCCAUGGCUCUCUGCGCACCGCCUCCUCCGAGCCAGCUCACCCCGACUGCUGCACCUCUGCGCCCGGCGACAGGCGCCGUUGGAGACGCUCCUAUGAAUUCAUCAGCUUGGAAUGACACCGCAAUCUUAGGAUCCAUGCCACCAGCUCUGACUGUGCACUUGUGCAGCUACUGCUGUCAGCAAGGAAACUUUCGUUGCAAGCGCUGCAAGAAGACGCCUUACUGCUCUGUGCUGUGUCAGACAGAAGACUGGAAGGCACACAGACACGUUUGCAAGCCCUUUGAUCCGGAACCUGCAAAAGCGAAAGAAAAGGAAACAACCGCCUCGCCUGUGACCGGAGACAAAGCUGGCCUUUUAUGGUCGAAGCAUGGUGAUGCAUCCAGCCUCCAGAGGGUCUAUUUAAAGGACUUGCAAAUAACUAAGGUCACUAAGGGAACAGACAUCCAGGCCUCCGUUGUAGAGUUCCACAGCCCUGGCAGGUUUUUCCUUCUUGCCCAAAGUCCUGAGCUGCUGGAAGCUCUGCAGAGCAUCAGCACAGAGCUUCAGAAAACAUACAGGUGCCUGUCGGUGACGACAUACGUACCCUGCGUUGGAGAAGUUUGUGCUGUUCAGUUCUCCUGUGACCUGAGCUGGUACCGAGGCCUGGUCCAGAGUUUGACUGCUGACCAAAAGAUGGCUAAAAUCCUUUACAUUGACUUUGGCAAUGAAGAGGAUGUUCCUGUGGACAGGAUCAAGCCCCUGGAUGCUAAUAUUAAGCCAUUUGCUCCAUGUGUAAUGGAGUGCCGUAUCGCCGGAGUGGUGCCAGUGACUGGCAAAUGGUCGGGCGAAUGCUGUAUCACAAUGAGACAGAUGUUGGCCGGCAAGAUUGUGACCGUAAAGCUGGUGGACACAAUGGAGAACCAUCACAUCCAUGCAGUGGAUAUCCUGCUUUCCAUGGGAACGUUGAGCAGCUUCCUCAUUAAUCAAGGUUAUGCAGAAGAGGAAACGGUCAACGUAACACCAACCGUGCAAGAAAUCAGUGCUAUGAUGAGUGCAUCCUUGGAAAACUUCAAGAGACGAUCUGACGGGAAGGACGACAACGCCUGGGCUCAGCCACCGGAGCCACUGACGCUGGCAGUGGGCGACUCCUUCUCUGUCAUGGUCACCCACUUGCAGUCACCGAGCGAUUUCAUCGUUCAGAAGGUGGAGAACGCCGGAGUAAUUCAGGAGUUGCAGAUGAAGCUCAGGGAACACUGUUCCCAGGUGCCAGCCCCGCUGAACUUUAGACCAGCGCCUGGCACAGUCUGCUGUGGCCAGUUCUCAGAGGACAAGCAGUGGUACAGGGCUAAAAUUCUGGCCUAUUCAACAGAGGAACGCGUCUGUGUGGGCUAUCUUGAUUUUGGCAACUCUGAGGAGGUGGAUUUAUGCCACCUGCGGCCUAUCAGCGCUGCCCUACUGGCCCUACCGAUGCAGGCUAUGUCUUGUGGACUAGCAGGGGUGCAACCUGUCGGGGAGAGUUGGUCAGAGGACUGCCUGUUGGCCCUGCAGCGAAGGGUGUCGAGCAGAAUACUGCGCAUCGAGAUCCAAGGAGCGCACAAGGGCAAGGCUUUGGUGGCCAUGAUCGACGAGGCCAGUGACCCUCAGGCCAACAUAGCCGAGCUGCUGAUCUCUGCUGGAUUCAGCACUCCCGCUCCCGUCACCACCGGCACCGAGCAACAGGCCGAUCAGACGACAACUGCUGCCCUAGAACCACCCGUGCCCGCCCCAGUCAGCGAGCCUCUGGUCUGGUCUUACAUUGAUCUUCCCUGUGACGGCCAGACAGUGGCACUGCUUGUCAGUGUCGUGGAGAAUCCUCAAGAGUUUUACUGCCACAUCAACAAUCCUACAGACCGUGAGCAGCUGACGGAACUGACGGCUAAGUUGAAACAGCACUGCGAAGCCGAGGCCUCACCUUUCGAGCCCAAAGUGGGAGAGCCCUGUUGUUCCGGGUUUCCUGGUGAUGUCACGUGGUAUCGGGCUAUGGUAACCAUGCUGUCUGAAGACAAAGUGUCAGUGAAGUUUGUGGAUUACGGUCAUAGCACUAUGGUGGAAAAGAAGCACCUUCGAUCCAUUACACCCCAACUCUUGACUCUACCCUUCCAGGCAAUUCGCUGCAGGCUUGCAGGUGUGGAGCCCCUGGGAUCAGAGUGGAGCAGUGAAGCCCUGCUGUGGUUUCAGACUCUGGUGGACGGCGAGCAGCUCUCCGUACGCGUGCUUUCUUCCUCUGACCAAGGCUACGACGUGAAGCUGCAUAGCAGAGGGCAGGACGUGGCAGACGCUCUGAUCUCCAAGCAACUAGCCAAAGCUCCCGGAGCGAUUCCCAAAGAGACGUAUGCGACCACGGGCUCUGAAGAGACCAUAAACGAAAUCGACGACAGCCCAAUGCAUGCACAAGCGUCCAACCAGGCUGGAGCCAAUCCUAAAGAGAUGCCAACUGAAGGGACUGCAGCGAUAUCAGAGGCUCAGCUGGAGUCUCCGUCCUUCCCAGUGAACUGGAAGACAGUGGAGCUGUCUUCGGACGAGACCUUUCAGCCUUACAUCGCAGCUGUCAUCAGUCCUUCCCUGUUCUACCUGUUCAGCCCUGACCAGGUGGACCAGCAGAAGCUUCAGGAGGUGAUGAUGGAGUUGGCCGCGUACUGCAGCAACAACCAGGCCUCUUUAUCCUCUGCCACCCUGAGCAGACCAGCUCCCGGGGCUGCCUGCUGUGCCCAGUUCUCUGAUGACAAAAACUGGUACCGUGCGGUGGUCCUGGAGGUCGGCGAGAAUGAGCUGAGCGUCAUCUACGCGGAUUACGGCAACACUGAGAAGGUGCCAGUCUCCUGCGUCAUGCCCAUCCCCACGCACCUGCUGCAGCUCCCCUUUCGCAUCGCUCGCUGCACGCUCACCGGUAAGGAGCACUUCCCCGCAGAGUGGCCAGAGGAAGUGCAGCAGCUGUUCCAAACCAUGCUGCUGAACGGCGUCCUCGCCACAGUGCAGUCCUUCGACGGCUCCGCGAACGUGCUCUCGGUCAUUCUGCCAACUCAGAUGGGAGGCGGGCAACUCACCGCCACGAUCUUGGACGCGCUACAGGUCCAGGCUAAAAGUAAUCCUUGCCGGUCUGCCCAGGUGGCCGAACAAAGCGACAGCAGCACGUCUGCUGCCAGCACUAGAGUCACACCUGACUGUGUACAGCCCAAGUCGAUACCCGAAUCCCAGAAGAGGCUGGAAAAUGCAGCAGCUACCACCGGGCUGACCGUAGCUGCAGAGCCAGAACUCCAGACACCCGUGCAGAAGAAGAACACCUCUGCACUUUCAGACAGCAGUUGGUCACACGGAGAUCCAGUUCAGAAGAUUGUUGAGCAAAUGGAGCCUCUGUGCAAAAUGGACGCAAAAACUAAUGGUCCUCAGACCUCUGACUGCUGCUGUUUGAGCCUGACGACAAAGAUUGACCACCUGGAACGGUUGGUGCAGCUGCAGCUUUCUCUCAUCAAACACUUGGUGGCACAGACCAAAUAAGAUCAACUAAAAUACAUAACUUCAUAUUCAUGUUUGCCAAGUUGUUUAAGUCAAGAUUUUUUUUUUCCAAGUUCACGUUAACUCUGAAUGUAGCCUGCCAGCUUGUAACUUUAUUUUCGUCGACCUGUUCCAGAAGGUCUCAUCCAGCUUUUAAUUUAA